CAUGGUGGGGUGGAGGUGCAGGCAGCAAACGAUAUUUAAGAUGCGGAGUUGGUAGAGCAUUCAGGCUGAGGAAGAAGGGCUAUAGGAUACCCAGUUAAGGUCCACUUUCAGAAACUGAAGCUUGGAAGAGGCUAAGAAAGAGCAAGGAAGGAAAAGAAACCAACAAAGUGGCUAGAUAGUCAAGAGUGAGUGUAAGGGUAUAAUUUGCCACAGCUUUGCAAACCUUAACUGGGCAUAUCUAGAUUCCCCCCCCCCCCCCCCCCCCAAAGGAAGAUUCUCCUCCACCCAGGUCCAAGAACGAUGCUGAAAAAGACACCCUCUGCUAUGACCUGGCUCUGCAUUUUCAUUGUGGCCUUUGCCAGCCACCCUGUGUGGCCGCAGAAGCCCACUACGCGUAAGACAGCUGGACAGCUCAAAGUGGCCGCUUGCUGUGAGGAGGUGAAGGAGCUCAAGGCCCAAAUCGCCAACCUGAGCAGUCUGCUGAGCGAACUGAGCCAGAAGCAGGAGAGAGACUGGGUCAGCGUGGUCAUGCAGGUGAUGGAGUUGGAGAGCAACAGCAAGCGCAUGGAGGUGCGGCUCACAGAGGCUGAGGGCAAGUACUCUGAGAUAAACAACCAGAUCGACAUUAUGCAGCUGCAGGCAGCACAGACAGUCACACAGACCUCGGCAGAUGCCAUCUAUGACUGCUCUUCCCUCUACCAGAAGAACUACCGCAUCUCUGGAGUGUAUAAGCUUCCUCCCGAUGACUUCCUGGGCAGCCCUGAACUGGAGGUGUUCUGUGACAUGGAGACUUUAGGUGGCGGCUGGACCAUCAUUCAGAGACGGAAGAGUGGACUUGUCUCCUUCUACCAGGACUGGAAGCAAUAUAAGCAGGGCUUUGGCAGCAUCCGUGGUGACUUCUGGCUAGGGAACGAGCACAUCCACCGGCUCUCCCAACGGCCAACCCGGCUACGUGUGGAAAUGGAGGACUGGGAGGGCAACAUGCGCUAUGCCGAGUACAGCCACUUUAUUUUGGGCAAUGAACUGAACAGCUACCGCCUCUUCUUGGGGAACUACAGUGGCAAUGUGGGGAACGACGCUCUCUUCUAUCAUAACAACACAGCCUUCAGCACCAAGGACAAGGACAAUGACAACUGCUUGGACAAGUGUGCACAGCUCCGUAAAGGUGGAUACUGGUACAACUGCUGCACAGAUUCCAAUCUCAAUGGAGUUUACUACCGCCUCGGAGAGCACAGGAAGCACCUGGAUGGCAUCACCUGGUACGGCUGGCACGGAUCUACCUACUCCCUCAAAAGGGUAGAGAUGAAAAUCCGCCCAGAAGACUUCAAGUCCUAA